AUGAGCAACGGUUGGGAACGCAUUCGUUUACGUGUGGAGACAGUGGAGACUUUCAAAGCAGAAACAAUGAAUCAAAAUACGAGCAACAGUCGCACAAUAUCCUGUCACGUUUUGGAUACUGCCUUGGGCAAAGCUGUGGCCGAUUUGCCUUUGACACUAUAUCGUCAACGGGAUAAUGGUGAAUGGCAAGAAUUAGGACACCAUGCCACAAAUGCCGAUGGUCGUGUUGGUCAAUUAGUGGAUGCAAAAGAUUUCAAUAGUGGAACAUAUAAAUUGAAAUUCGAUGUCCAGCCGUAUUUUGAACUCUGUCAAGUGUCAAGUUUUUAUCCCUUCAUUGAGAUUAUAAUCAAAUGUGAACGAGGUCAACAUUAUCAUGUGCCAUUGCUGCUAUCACCAUUUGGAUAUACAACAUAUAGGGGGACUUGAGUG